AUGGGUAUCUUUGCAUUGGUGACAGGAAGGCCAGGGCCUAGUGGGUUUGGGUCAGCUUCAACUGCUGAGCAGGUCACUGAAGGAGUUGAUGCUAGCAACCUUACCGCUAUUGUAACUGGUGGGGCAAGUGGGAUUGGGUUUGAGACAGCAAGAGUCUUGGCACUUCGUAGAGCCCAUGUCAUCAUUGCCGCCAGAAACAUAGAGGCUGCUAAUGAAGCAAAACAGGCUAUUAUUAAAGAAAAUAUAAGUGCCCGAGUGGAUGUUCUGAAACUUGACCUCUGCUCUCUCAAGUCUGUUAGAGCAUUUGUUGAUAGCUUCAACGCUCUUGAUCUUCCUCUCAAUCUCUUAAUAAACAAUGCUGGUGUUAUGUUCUGCCCCCACCAGCUUUCAGAAGAGGGAGUAGAGGUGCAGUUUGCAACCAACCAUCUUGGCCAUUUUCUCUUAACAAACCUUUUGCUUGAGAAAAUGAAGAACACUGCUAGAACUACUGGUGUAGAAGGCAGAAUUGUGAUUCUGUCAUCACUUGCUCAUACAACCCCUUACCAAGAGGGGAUUCGAUUCGACAAGAUCAACGAUCGAAUUGGUUACUCAGAACUGAAGGCAUAUGGGCAAUCCAAAUUAGCAAACUUACUGCAUUCCAAUGAGCUCUCUCGUCGAUUGCAGGAAGAAGGUGUGAACAUAACAGUCAACUCAGUUCACCCAGGAUUGAUCAUGACACCUCUCAUGAGGCAUUCUCCUCUUUUGAUGAAAACUUUCAAGUUGUUCACCUUUUGGAUGUGGAAGAAUGUACCUCAGGGAGCAGCCACAACAUCAUAUGUAGCACUGCACCCAAAAAUGAAAGGUGUGACUGGAAAAUACUUUGUGGACUGCAACGAGAUGAAACCCAGCUCACAUGCUAGAGAUGAAAAGUUGGCCAAAAAGCUUUGGGACUUCAGCAACAAGUUGAUCGAUGGGGCUUCCAAAAGCUGA